UUUUGGGAAGACUAUGAAAUUUAGACCCAAGAUGAAGGCACAGAAGGAGGCUUUCUCUUGGGCAUCAGCUGCUUUUGCUGCUCCUCUCCUCUUGAUCCUUGCCAUUCUGAUUCACUCAGCAUGUGUUCAGGGAGUGAACAUCACCAGUCUCGAGUCUCUAAUCAGAGGGACGGUGGGUGGAGAAGCUCUGCUCCCUGUCCGAUACUCGAGCACCAGUCUGGAUCCUCCUGUAAUCAAAUGGCAGCUGAAAAGGGACAAACCUGUUACAGUGGUCCAGUCCAUUGGCACGGAGAUCAUUGGUAACCUGCGACCAGAAUACAGAGACCGCAUCCUUGUGUUUGAGAAUGGAACACUGCUACUUCAUAACCUCAAGCUGUCUGAUGAGGGCACUUAUGAAGUAGGGAUCUCCAUCACCGAUGACACCUUCACUGGAGAGAGCAGCAUUGAUCUGACAGUGGAUGAGCUAAUCUCUAAGCCACAUGUCCACAUGGUCACCUCCGCCGUGCUGGAACUGACAGAGAAUUUCACACUAAACUGCACCCAUGAAACAGGCACUAAGACCACCUAUGGCUGGGCAAAAGGUGGUCAUCCAUUACUAAACGAGACCCGUCUGCUGCUGUCCCCGGAUCAGAAGGUCCUGACCAUCACACGUGUUCAGAUGGUUGAUGAUGACAUCUACAGCUGUAUGGUGGAGAACCCUAUUAGUAGCAUGAGAAGUCUACCAGUCAGACUCACCGUUUACAAAAGGAGCUCUCUUUAUAUCAUACUGUCUACAGUGGGCAUCUUCCUUCUUCUCACACUUGUAACUGUGUGUGCUUGCUGGAAGCCUUCAAAAAAAUCAAAAAGACAGAAGUCCAAAGCUAUUAAACCACGAACCAUUUCACAAAAUCAACACAUCAGGUAUCAAGACAUCAGGCCAGAGGAUGAAGCCAUCCCAAUAAUGACUGAUCACGAGCGCAGGAAUCCUGUAUCACUCUACAUCUUAAAAGAGAAGGAUUGUCCUCCCGGCGAACCAGCGUCAACAUGUGAAACAUGCACCUCCAACAGCAGCAGCCCCCCAAGCUACAGCAGCUCAGUACCUCCUCCAUCAGACUUGCUUGAGCCACCAGCGCGCUCCUCUCGCAGAUACCCUCGCACCCCCAGUAAAUCCCCACCGCACCAUCGCCGGAGGAAGGGACACAGUCAAAGCCCACCAACCCCCUCCUCGCCCCACAGCCGAGGGUCUGUUCGAGCCUCUCAGCGCCCUGCGUCCUUGUCUCCAGCCAGGAUGCCUGAGGAUCCAUCCACCCCUUCACAGGAACCCAGAGGCUCCCCAAAAACAUAGAUGAUAGCAUUGACCACGUCUGCCGAGCCCACAUGCUGCAAAAAGACAGAUACUGUAUUGACCUGCACAAAUACUUUUGCAUUAAUGUAUGUACAGUAAAUUUUUACAUACACAUAUUUCUGCUACAAACCUAUGCAUUUCAUACUUGUUUAGCUUUAUCAUGUUAAGACACGUUUUCAAAAGCAGCUUUUGAUUGUUUAGUUGAUUUAACAUGCUAGGACCUCUUCACUCUCAGUCUGGCUACUUCAAUGUGAUUGCGUUGGCUUGACAAAGCUUUCAAGCCAAAUCCACCAAAUAUUUAUACUAUAUCAUAUCCUAUCAUUGCAAAUGGACCAAAUUUUAUGGUAUGGAGCCUUCCAUAGCCCCUGUCCCAAAUUGCACUCAACCCUCGCAGUCUUCCUCACACACUUGCGUGACAUAACACUGCUUUGACUGCUGGUUAGAAGCGUACUGCGGAGCUCGCCUCAGUGCGUUUGUGAGCUCAGAAAUAUUAAAAUAGUAAAAAAUAAUGAAACAAUCUCUACAACCAGCCAAAACUCCCAAGCAAUGCCCUAGCAAUACCCUAUCAACCACCUAAAUAAGUCUGUAUGUGUUCAAACUGCCCCAGUAUUCAAACUACACACUAACGCUUUCAAAUUUCAAGGAAAGGCUUUGUCAAGCCAACAGUGAUGUUUGUCUUUCCUUUUCUAGUUUCUCUAUUUCCUUUUUUUUUUUUUUUUUUUGUGAAUGUAAAUGACAUGUAGAGUUGAUCUGUAAUGAAGAUGUUAAAUAAAAGAUUGCGAAAGACCUGAAUGCAAUCGUUUACAUAUUUGAUUUUGUCUUGUGUUUCUCCUGCUCAUAAUCUGAACAUUAUGUAAUCAUGUCUCUCUCACUGAAGUUGAUACUAUUCCUCAAACGGGAGAGACAAUGUGCAUGCUGAUUCACACAAAAGAGACAGUAGGCUCUUUGUUAUGCAUGGGCAUGACCUCUGAGAACAGGCAUUGUAAAGGGAGCAGACUGUUCUUGUGUUGAUUCGUACCCAUGCAUAAAUGUAUAAAUUGGAGACAGAAACCCAAAUAAGCGCAGGGAAUGCUAAUAGAUGACCCUGUGGAAAAACAAUGCCAGGCAUGAACAAAAGUUUUAAAAGACUGUAAGUGGUGGUGGAGAAAGAAAGAAAGAAAGAAAGAAAGAAAGAAAGAAAGAAAGAAAGAAAGAAAGAAAGAAAGAAAGAAAAUGAGACUUUUCACGGAUUUGGAUUUUAAAGAGGAAACUAAGGUGACUUAAAGGGAUACUCCACCCCAAAAUGAAAAUUUUGUCAUUAAUCACUU